CGCGAGACUGCCGGCUGCCUGAGCUCAGAAGCUUGGCCGCUGCAUACAACGAUGCCGUGACCGCAGUUCCCAUGCUUAUCGCUGAUCUGGCGCCUAUAAAACGAGGAGCGCCACGCUAUCUAUGCUCUUCGACGAUUGCCAUAUAACAUUCCAGCCACCUGAACUAGCGACGUGCGUCCAUGGCCACGAAGGAGAACUCAGUAGCCCACCCUACGCUUGUGCAGGUUGACCCUUUCGUCCCAGCGGAUCAGCAGAAGGGUCUUCACAAUCGCUGGCACCCUGACAUUCCCCCGUUUGCCACCGUCAAGCCCGGCCAGGUCUUCAAGUUAGAGUGCGUCGAUUGGACGGGAGCGCAAAUUGGGAACAAUGAUUUCAGCGACGACAUCAAGAACGUCGACCUCACCAAGAUUCACAACUUAUCUGGACCCAUCGGCGUUGAGGGCGCGGAACCUGGCGACUGUCUUGUGGUCGAUAUUCUCGAUGUCACGCCAUUCGAGAAGAUGCCCUGGGGCUACACGGGCAUCUUCGAGCUGGAGAACGGCGGUGGGCUUUUCGCUCGUGAGUUCAGCAGCAAAGCCGCGAAGGCUAUCUGGGACUUCGAAGGCGUCUACGCUACCUCCCGCCACAUCCCCGGUGUCCGUUUCGCUGGCGUGAGCCAUCCAGGACUGAUUGGGACGGCACCUUCUCCCGAACUGCUCGCCACCUGGAACGCGCGCGAGACCGGGCUCAUCGAGGCACACGCCAACUCCGUCCCGCCCGUCGCCUUCGCACCCAACCCCAACGGCGCCUACGUAGGCCAAGACCUCGAUAUCAGGGUUCGGGACAAGGUCGCGAGGGAGGGCGCGAGGACGAUUCCGGGGAGGGAGCAUGGGGGGAAUUGUGACAUCAAGAACCUCUCCAAGGGCUCCCGUUGCUACUUCCCCGUCUUCGUCAAAGGCGCGAAUCUCUCCGUUGGCGAUCUGCACUUCUCGCAGGGUGACGGCGAGAUGACCUUCUGCGGGGCCAUCGAAAUGGCCGGCAUCAUCACCCUCAAGACCUCCAUCAUCAAGGGCGGCGUUGAGAAAUUCGCGCUCAAGCAGCCUAUCUUCAUGCCUUCGCCUGUUGAUCCGCUGUAUUCGCAGAAGCUCAUCUUUGAGGGGAUCAGCGUCGACAUCCAUGGUGACGGCAAGCAGUACAACAUGGACGCGACCGUCGCGUACAAGCAGGCCGCGCUUAACGCCAUCGCCUACCUGAUGAAGCUGGGCUACUCUCGCGAGCAGGCUUACUUGCUCCUCUCGGCCGCACCGGUCGAGAGCCAUGUCGGCGCCAUAGUUGACUCGCCAAACGCCUGCGUCACGUUGGCCAUACCCACAGGAAUCUUCGACUUCGACAUCCUUCCCAAGGAAGAGGGCCUCACCUUGCGACACCUCGGAAAGUGCGCCACCCGCAGCGACGGCGUCGUCUGAGGAAAGGCUCGCUUUUAUCAUCCUUGGCGCUUCGAGUUCGACGUGUCCUCGUCCGUCCUACUUCCUUAUAUCCAACACCCAAUGGCUCGCAAAAUCUAGUCUUUUGCAAGUAAAUGUACAACACCAAAGGAAUAAACGAACGUGGAAAUGAUAUAGCGAUGUACAGCUGCGG